AUGGCUGAUGAAGGUGUUAAUCCCAAGGCCCAACCUUUGGCUAACAAUCAGCUUACCCAGAAGAUUCUGGAUGUUGUCCAACAAGCUGUGAACUACAAACAAUUGAAGAAGGGCGCCAACGAAGCCACCAAAACCUUGAACAGAGGUAUUGCUGAAGUAAGUUAAAAAAUUUUUUUGUUUUUAUGUUAUUUUAUAAAUUUAGGUAACAUUUCCCUAAAGGUUUUGCUCAUUUCAAGUCUGAAUGAAUUAAACGCGGUGCUCUACUAAUCUAACUCUAUUUUUUAGAUUAUCGUUAUGGCUGCCGACACAGAACCACUCGAGAUCAUUCUUCACCUCCCACUUCUGUGCGAGGACAAGAACGUGCCCUACGUGUUUGUUAAGUCAAAGGCUGCAUUGGGAAGAGCUUGUGGUGUUACUAGACCAGUAAUCGCUGCAUCGAUCACGUCGAACGACGGAUCUCAACUCAAAUCUCAGAUCCAGACAAUCAAGGAGGAAGUCGAAAAGCUCUUGAUCUAA